AUGGUUGAUAGUCAAACAGUUGAUGAACAAUCUACAACUCGUCGAUCGAUUCGAUCAUGUCGUUUAUCAACAGUUAAACCUAAGCCACCAGUUGAAAAGCCAGUCGAAGAACCCAUUCCCGAUGACAAUGAACUCGAAGAAGAAGAAGAAGAAGAUCCAGCUGAUAUAUUUCAAGUAGGAGAUAUUUUGUGGGCUCGAGUAGUCGGUAAUCCGUGGUGGCCAGCGUUAGUUUAUGGCUCGUACUACGAAGAUAAAAUUCAUACAAAAAUUAUGAAAAGCGCUCGACGUGCGAAGAGACGUGCAUAUUUUGUUUACUUUUUCGGACCUGAUUUUGAGUACGCAUGGUUGCAAACUAAUGCUCUUAUACCUUAUGCUGGCCUGGAAGAUUUUAUAAGACACGCGGAAACGUCUAUACAAAACGCGACAAGCAGAGGAGAGCAGGGUGCAUUAGCAAAUCGUUUUGAAUUGAAAGUCACUGGCAGUAAACGAGCCGACUGGGAUAAAGCUAUGGAAGAAGCUAAUGAAGCAUUGAAACUAUCUCGAGAAGAGCGUGUGAAGAAUUUCGAAGAGUUACUGAAGAAAAUCUUAAAGAAAGCUGAAGAAAACAAAUCAAUCAAGCGAAGACAUAGUUCUGGAACGGCACGAUCAUCCAGAAGAACUCUAUCGCCAUCAUCAUCGGGAAAUAAAUCAACAGCUCGUUCAUCCGUAAAACGACAAAAAACAAGCAUCACGCCAUUAAUAGCCUCGACAACUUUGUUACAUGCUGGUCUACCUACGUUAACUAAACGUGAAGAAAAGCGGCUUAUCAAUGAUCUUCUCACUCAUCCCAAAGGCGAAAACUUCACAUUGAAUGAAGCACAAGCAUUCGCAUGUCAGUUAGCCAGAAAUAUAAUCAAAGAGAAUUCUCACUAUGAUAUGUCCUGUGUACAAAUCGAAUGGUUCUAUGAUUUUCUUCUCAAUCAUUCAGAAAUAGUUUCCAAAUAUUCUCAUUGGUUUCAUGAUGAAAUCAAACCAAUCAUGGACGAUUCUAUCUAUUUGAAACAAUGUCAAUUGCGAGAUAUGAUCAUCAAAGCUCAAAAAUAG